AUGAUCCCUAUGAACGAAGUGAUCACCUUGGCGCCACCAGAUGCUCGUGCCUCUCCUGCCACACAAGCGCAGCAGGCUGCGCAACCGUCUGCUCCUGGUAUGCAAGUGGACAGGGAAGAAAUUCUACAAUGGAUUCUGGAUUUGAAAGAUAGCAACAAACGGGAAAAUGCUCUUCUCGAACUGAGUAAGAAAAGAGAUAGUGUGCCUGAGCUCCCUAUCUGGUUGUGGUAUUCAUUUGGUACCAUGGCAGCUCUUCUGCAAGAGGUAGCCAGCUUCAUGCAGUUU